AUGUCCAAAUCACCCAUUACUUGCCACGUUCUUGACGCGUCCACUGGCAAACCAGCCGAGGGUGUGCUCAUCCGUCUCCAGCAGUACGAACACUCCGAGGACAAUGGAGCAGAUAUCUUCCAUCCCCUCGCCAAGGGCGUAACAAAUGCAGAUGGUCGUUGCUUGGCUCUUCUCCCACCAGCUGGCUCCGAGGAAGCCAAGAAAGAGAAGACCGACCUCGCUGUUGGUCAAACCUACAAAGUCGUUUUCAAGACAAAGGAGUACUUCGAAAGAACGAACCGUAAAUCAUUCUAUCCCUGGGUUGAGAUUACAUUCGUCAUCGAAAGCCCGGAGGAAUACUAUCACAUCCCGCUGCUAAUCAGCCCGUAUUCCUUCACGACGUAUCGAGGUAGUUAA